UUCCGGUUCCGGUUAAGAAUUUGUCCGGGAAAUGUGUCAAAAUAUGAAAAAGCUGUAUUUUUUCGCGUCGUUUGUUUACUUUAUAUGUCUGAUUACAACUACAAUUGAAACAGAUACCCAUUCAAAAAUAUGCAGUCAGUGUACCACUCCUCCGAAGGUAGAUAGUUACCUUGUACAGUUCUGUCGCAAAGAAAAUGGAACAGGAUUGCUUCAUCAAGAUAACUCAUGUUGUAUCAACUCUACAGUAUCAUCUCAGACUUCAUUAAUUGUUGGGGUGGAUAUGAGUGGAUGUGGUCUGAAAACUAUCAGUGGAUUAUUCAGUAACAUGCAUGAUCUCAAAGUUAUAAUGUUAGAAAAUAACACAGAUUUGCAGAUUAAACAAGAUGAUUUUAAUGGUCUUUCAAAACUACUCUAUUUAUCCCUUCCAGAUUUCUUACAAUGCCCAGGAGGAAAUAAAUCUUGGAACUCAGUAGAGAAACAAAACAACACUGUCAUUUGUGAGGAAGAGAUUAAUUUAUGUGUAAAAAAUAAUGUGACAUGUCAGAACAGCAACAGUCAUUGUGUGCUCACUGGUCCAGGUGUGAUGGAAUGUUUGUGUUUACCUGGUUACCAUGGAUACAAAUGUCUUAGACAGGGAACAUUUCCAGCAGUGAGUUACUCCAUCAUCAUAUGUGUGUGUACAGCAGUCAUAUCAGGAUUUCUAUGGUGUACACAGAGGAGGAAAGUUAAAAAGAAGACACACACAUACUAACGUGAAGUUUG